AUGGCCGUCCAACAGACUAACCGUGUCUUAGAGCAAGUCUCCGAAUAUCGUGUAGCAGUAUUUGGUGCUGGUGGAGUAGGAAAAUCAUCGAUUAUAAUGCGUUUUAUAAAGGGUACAUUUAGCGAAAGUUAUGUGCCAACUGUUGAAGAUACAUACAGACAAGUUUGUACUCAAUUAAUCAGCCUUUCUAGUGUAACAAAAAAUUAA